AUGAAGUAUAUCUCUCCUAUUCUCUCAGGUGCAUUAUGCUUGGCAGGUGUAACUACAGGGCUUGUGAUGCCCAAGACCUAUGCGGUCGACAGGUCGUACAGCCUCAUGUCGGAGGCGGGGAUCAACUUCAGCGUCUAUGAGCACGCGGCCACGAACUCGAGGACGAGGAUUGUCCAGAACUCGGGUAUCUGCGAGACGACCAAGGGGGUAAAGCAGUACUCGGGCUACUUUGACGUCGGGACCGACCAGCACACGUUCUUCUGGUUCUUCGAAGCUCGGAACAACGCCAGCACGGCGCCCCUCGCCUUGUGGUUGAGCGGCGGACCUGGGUGCAGCUCUAUGCUCGGCCUCUUCCAAGAAAACGGACCGUGUACAUUCAACAAGGGCGGCGGCGCGGAACCGACGCUGAACCCCAACUCGUGGAACAAUUUCGCCAACAUGCUCUAUGUCGACCAGCCAAUUGGAACCGGUUUCAGCUACGGCUCGGACAACACCUCGAGCACGGUCAAGGCCGCGCCUCAGGUCUGGGUGCUGAUGCAAUCCUUCUACAGCAACUUUCCGGAAUACAAGAACCGAGAUUUCGGUCUGUUCACCGAGUCGUACGGCGGCCACUACGGCCCGGAUUUUGCCUCCUACUUUGAGUACCAGAAUGCCAAGAUUGAUCAAGGGACGGUCAAGGGCGACAAGAUAAAGCUGGUUGCCCUUGCCACGCAGUACCGCGAUUAUCUCGACUACGCGGUCAACAACACGUACAAUAAGCUCAUCGACCAACGCCAGUAUAACCAGCUUCUCAAAGCCUACGAAAAAGACUGCGAGCCGGCCCUGAACAAGUGCACCAGUGUCCAGGGCCAGAACGACGCCUGCAAGGCGGCCGAGACGGCUUGCUACAACGCCGUGGAAGGCCCCAUUGAAUCCGGCAAGAACUUCAACGUGUACGACGUCAGGGCUGCCGAGGGAAACUUCCCGUCCGACGCGUACAUGCAGUAUCUGCAGAAGCCCGAGGUUCGGAAAGCCAUCGGUGUGACAUCACAGUAUCAAGAGUGCGCGGACGCGCCUUAUGAUAGAUUCGAUUCCACGGGAGAUGGCCAGAGAUCGUUUCUCAACAUGCUUCAGGACGUGACCAAGACGGACGUCCAGGUUCUCAUCUGGGCCGGCGAUUCAGAUUGGAUCUGCAACUACGUGGGGAACUACAACGUGGUCAAGAAGAUUGGAGGCCAAGAGUUCGAAAAGGCCGAGAUGAAAGACUUUAACCUCAAUGGCAAGAAAAUGGGAGAGUACAAGACCGUCAACAACUUGAGCUGGCUGAGGGUGUACGAGGCCGGUCAUGAGAUACCGGCGUAUCAGCCAGAAGUCGCGUUUGAGGUCUUUAAGCAAACCAUGUCCAAGAAGCCUAUUUCCUCUUCAUAG